AUGUCCUUCCCAGACGUCUUGAGAAACGGUGACGAUUUCUUAAAACAAUAUCCUAGACAAAGUAGAAUAUGGACAAUACUAUCAUAUGGUACUUCCUUAAUCACAGUAAGUCUCUCCAAACUAUUCUUACAUACAUUCUAUAGCAUCAAAGUGAACAAUUUCGAAGUUCUUGAAAAGGCUGUUCAAACUGCAGAAAAUGAAAAUAGAGGUAUAAUGACAAUGAUGAAUCACAUGUCCAUGGUGGAUGACCCGACUUUUUGGGCUGCAUUCCCACUACGAUUAUAUAGACAAAAGGAAAAUAUUCGAUGGUGUUUGGGAGCUGAAAAUAUUUGUUUCCAAAAUAAAUUCUUAGGUUACAUGUUCUCAUUGGGACAAGUAUUAAGUACCAAGAGGUUUGGGGUGGGUCCAUUUCAAGGGUCAAUUGAUGCUGCAAUUAGAUUGUUGAGCCCAGAUGAUUCUUUGGAAAGCUUGACUUGGAGACCAUCCAAAGGUAUUAAUGAAUCAUUGAAACAACAACAAAAUUCUUCGUCCUUGACUAACCCUCCAAUAAGAAGAAAUAAACCAUCGUGGGUUCAUGUCUAUCCUGAGGGAUUUGUUUUACAAUUACAUCCACCAUAUUCUAAUUCUAUGAGAUAUUUUAAAUGGGGGAUUACAAGAAUGAUAUUGGAAUCUACAAAGCCUCCAGUUAUCGUCCCAAUUUUCACUACUGGAUUUGAAAAUAUUAUUUCCGAGGAAUCGGAAGAAUCAUUCUUAAAACAACUUUGGAAGAGUUUUGGUACUGAAAUUAAUAUCACCAUUGGUGAUCCCUUGGAUAAUAAAUUAAUCGAUAAUUUUAGAAAUGAAUGGAAUCAAUUAGUAGAAAAAUAUUUUGAUCCCGAGAAUCCUACUAAUUUAUCUACUCGUUUGAAAUAUGGUGAAGAAGCUCAAGAUUUAAGAAGUAGAGUUGCCGCAGAAUUGAGAAAUCAUGUCGCUAAAAUCAGACAUGAUGUUAGAAAUUUACCAAAAGAAGAUCCCAGAUUCCAAUCACCCGCUUGGUGGAAAAAAUAUACCUCAUCUGAAGGGAAAUCAGAUCCAGAUGUCAAAUUUAUUGGUAAAAAUUGGGCAAUUAAACGUUUACAAAAUAUUUUGAAUAUUGAACCAGCAAUGGAUAACAAUAACAACGGUGAUGAGACAAGAAAUAAAAGAGAAACCUCAUCUAAUAAACCAGAUAUUAAGAAAGAUUAG